UAGUAAUCAUCAAAAAAUGGCUGGUUUCCCAAGGUGAGGGUAUUUUUCCUGAUGUGCAAGACAUGUCUUCCUCCGGUUGUGGCCGAAGAUUUGCCGACUACUUUGUAGUCAGCGGAUUAGAUCUUGUAACUGGACUAGAAGCUGAUCAAUUGUCAGGUGACUCAUUGCAUAUAUCUCCUUUGGAGCGCUCUUAUAAAGCCAAGGUUUUGAUGCACUUUCCUUCAAAUGUUGAAUGGAAUCCUUUUGAUGAAGAUGCUGUUCGUAUGCUUUGCCUGCCUCAAGGACUAACUUUCAAGAAGGAAUCCGAAUGUCAUGAACAACAUUUUCACUCUUUUCUGAUUACUCGUGAAGAUGGCUCCAGGGUUUAUGGCUGUGCUCUUACAUUCUAUGAAAUUGUCAAAGAUGCUCAGAUCUGCAAAGCAAUGGACACACUACAGGCAAUGCAUGAUGCAGAGCUAGCCAUUGCAGAAUCACGGUCUCGUUCAAAAUCUCCAGUCUUAGUCACAAAUAAUAGUGCUGCAUCAUUGGAAACAGAUAAUCGCAGUGAAUAUUUAAACACCAGCUCUGACAUGCUCAAUAUUUCUAAUAGAAAAUCAUUUAAUGUUAGAGAAGAUACUCUUCUAGUUUCAAAAUCAAUCUCUAUUAUAAUGCCAUUCCCAUUUAUCUCUGCUGGAAAGGGUUUCCUGGAGCAGAUUUUGAGGGCGGCGCAGAACGAAGAAAAUUUACAACUUCCUUUGGAAUCAUACAUUUAUAAUCUCCUGUUUGAGGUGCCUCUUCCUCCUCCUGGAAAAACAAUGAGGUUCAAUUGCUGUGACUCAAGCAUCACCUGUCAAAGACCAGGUGUAAAUGAGCUCCCUCUGUUUGAUUAUUCAUUCAAGGCGCUUUUUACUUUGCUUGGUAUUGAGAACAUUGUGAAGCUGUUUACUUGUACCCUGUUGGAACAACAAAUUUUGUUAUUAUCAAAUGAUUUCCACAAGUUUAUGUUGGUGGCUGAGAGUGUGACAGGAAUUCUUUUUCCUUUUGUUUGGCAACAUGUGUACGUUCCAAUUCUACCAGCGGCUCUGUCACAUUUUUUAGAUGCACCAGUACCUUUCCUUAUGGGAAUUUAUUGUGCUUCUGAAGAGGAUAAAAAUAACCUGUGUCUUCCAUCUGAGGCUUCCCUCUGCUUAGUUGACAUAGACAACUGUACUGUAUCAAUGCCAGAAGAUCUUCCUGUGUUUCCAGAUGAGCAGGAGCUGAUUGAAGAGCUGACAGAUACUUUAAAGCGAUUUAAUGUGUGUUUACCCCAGGAAAGUCUAAGUCAACCAGGAAGUGGAAUGAAUAGUUUGGAAAACUCAUUAGAAAUUCCACCAGAAAAUAGUUUCUCACAAACCGCAAAUGGCAGUUCUGACUAUGAAACUGGGAGCAAUUGUGACUCUCCACAAGGAUCACCUCGAUCUAAGUCACCUAUCUCUGGGUCACCACUCACAGGAUCACCACUCUCAGGGUCACCACGCUCAGGGUCACCACGCUCAGGGUCGCCUGUUCUAGAAGCCAAGAAAAUCAAACAUAAGGACUCACCAAAGAGGUCUCACAGAAUGAAGGCUCGUGGAAAAGUUGAAUCUAAAGUACCCAAGUCUAAAUCUUCUACCAGUUUGGAUAUUACAAAAAAUCCCAGAUUGCAGGCAAUUGCAGCAAUUGCUGAGAGGACUGGUAUAAUAGCACCAAUUUCAACAGUUGCUUCAAACUUAGAAAAAUCUGUUUCUGAUACCCAGCUACAGCAAUUUGCUGGCUCAGAAAAUGAGUUUAUUUUAGGAGAAGAGGCAAAAGAAAUUUCAAGAAGUCAACAACACAAAAAUGAAUUCAAUACUGCCAUUAGGGAGAUAUUUGCCAAUCGAUUCACACAGCUUCUUCUUGAGUAUGAGUCAUUUGUUAUUCAGCCUAAGCAAGACUUAGAAGAUUGGACCUCAAAUAGGGAAGAAAUGCAAAACUUUGACAAGGCUUCCUUCCUUUCUGACCAGCCUCAACAAUUUCUUCCAUUUCUUUCACCAUUUACUGAGACACAGAUGUUUGCGAGCUUCAUUGACAUGAAAAUAAUGGGAACUUGGGAAGAUCCAGACCCUAGAUUGGCUGUGUUUGAUCAGCGUGUGGAGAAUUUGAAGACAAGACUUGGAAUCACCAGAUCACCUUCUUAUGAAAAGUGCAUGACCUUUAGAAAUGCAGUUCAAGUUCUCUUGCGCCGUUCCAACUCUGUAGAUCACAUGGCAACGCAACCCCAUAAUCUAAAUAUUUCAGAAAAGAAAGUCAGCAGCAGUGGGUACUUCAUGAACUUGAGUUCAGAGGUUCUAUGUGAUGGGCCCAACUCCAAGAGUGGUCAUCAGUCCAAAGUGAAAUGGAGAAAAAAGAGUCGGCAACAGCAGCAAUCUGAACACAUUUUUCUCAAUACCACCCAGGAUGGAAAGAAGAUGAGAGACAAACUGGCAACAAGCAUAAAGAAAUAUAUGCAGGAGGCUAAAGCUAAAAAUACUCAAUUUGGAGACAUGGCUUUGGAGUCAACUCAAACUGGCUUUAUUCAGAAACUGCUAAAGGAAUGCAAGCAGAAGACAAAAAGAAUUUUGGUGCAGAAGAUGGGACAAGAAGCAGUGGAUCUUGGACAUUCUGAUGCAAAUGUGUCUGGAGUGGAAGAGAAUACAUUAAUAGCCAGUUUGUGUGAUCUAGUGGAAAGGAUUUGGAGCCAUGGUCUGCAAACAAGAGAGGGUAAAUCAGCUGUGUGGUCACACUUGUUAGCUUUCCAGCUUGAAUGUGAAGAGUUAGAAGAGGAAAUAGUAGACAGUCAAGACACCAAUAGUCUUUCACCCUCGGCAGCCAACAAGGAAACAGACAAACAGAGUCAGUUGAGAAGGAGGUGCACAUCACCUGACAUCGCAAAAAUGCUGCAGUCUGUUCAGCUGUCAGAACAGCAAUCCACUUUUGGCUCAAUAUUAGCUGACAUGAGCCACGUGCAGGGUAUGGCUGAAAUCAAAACUGACAUCGGACAUGCUCGAGCAUGGAUCAGACUUACUUUAGAGAAGAAGGUUAUCUCUAGGCACUUGAAGCAACUGCUUUCAAAUACAAAUCUUCUGAGAGAGAGGUACAAAGAUUAUGCCUUCUUGCGGACCGAAGAAGAAAAGGAGCAGUUCCUGUAUCAUCUUCUUUCUCUCACUGCUGUUGACUUCUUUUGUUUUACAAAUGGUUUUCAAAAUACAGCCAUUACAUAUAAGGUGGUGAUUAAGACUGGUAAGCAACUGGGUGGUAGCACCACAACAGCGCAGUCGUGGAUGACUCUGGCCGGCAGCAUUGCAGAUACAGGUGUAAUGAACAUACCCAAGAAUGAGAACGAGUUCAGAUUUCAGCAUGCUAACUUGGGGGUGUUGACAACACUCAGGAUAGGACACGAUAAUACUGGUUACAGCCCAGGCUUGUUCAUUGAACAAAUCAUAGUCAAGAAUGAAGUGACUUCGCAUAUUUAUAGAUUUUCGUGUGGGCGUUGGCUUGCCAAGAACAUGGAUGACGGCAGUACUGAGAGGCUUCUUGUUGCAGAGCUUAUGAAGACUAAAGGGACUGAGGAAGAUGGAAACCUGGCAGAAGUUUGUCGCUUGUCUCCACAGAGAAGAUCCCCUGUACUCUCAAGGAAAAACCGCGAAAGGAUUCGUAUCCCGGAAGUGCAAGAACGAGUUGCUGAUGCCGUUAACAACAUCGUGAAACAUUUCUACAAGCCUGAGAAAGAGAGAGGGAACCUAACCUAUUUAUUAUGUGGUGAUGGAGGUCUCUGUCAAGCAUUGGAGCAGGUAUUUCAGUGUGGUUUUAGGUCAUCCCGACUUUUCCGUAACAAUUUCUUCAUCUGGGAUAUUUUGGAAAAAGGUCAGCAGUAUCUUUCGUCCGCGGAGGAGGACUCGGAUCAAGCCGAUCCAAUGAAAAGACCGAGAAGAACUUACUGUAGCGUAAUAACGCGAAUAAAUAAUGCGUCACACACCAUCGGCAAAGACGGCAAGUUCCAGUCCUUUGUGUGCCUCGGUGCGCGAGACCAUUUGCUUCACAACUGGUUCGAGCUGCUAUCCACGUGUCCUGCAACAACCAACAUGUACGACACGCCUUCAUUCUUCAGAGACAGUGGUCUAAUGCAGUUUUUGGUGGAGUUACUUCAGACUUUAGUUGAAUUCAACAUCACACUGGAAGCCUCGCUUCUUAAAGGAAUCUCUUGACACAAUAAAGAUUGGGAACUUUCUUUUAGACAGUAAUCUCUAACUUAGAUCGUUCAUAACCAUUUUUGAGCUUUCGAAUACCAGAUGCAGAAGGAAGUAUAGGCUAGAAUCUCUUAAUCGGGUCGGUCUGUUUGGUGACGCUAAAAUGCAAAGCGUGUGUAGCUGGCUAUCUGAAAACGGUCGGAAUGCCAUUGCGCGCUUUUAAAAUUCGUUCGUCCGCUAUUCUCUUUGUUAAUAUAUCCAAGCACAAGAUUUAAGUGCGCUUGAUUAACUUGCCAUCAAAUCGAACGCGGUGAGCGGAGACUUGCAUGCAAUAUUGAAGUACUUUCUGUAUAGUAACCAACAUUGGCCUCGUGUAGAGAAAUGGUUGCUUUUGUACACAACAUUUUUUCGUAUUUUGUAAGAUAAACAUCAAUGCCCGAAAUCAAAUUUGGCGAAAAUAAUUUUUUUUACUUAUAAAUAAAUGUAAAUGCAUGUGUAAAUAGAUUAACUUAUUGAUCUUUAGGUUAAUCGAAGGUUUAAAGACAAUGGUUAAUGAAGGUUUUCUAAGUGACAGACAAUUUUGUAUUGAUUGGUAGAGUAAAACAAAAAUGUCAAUUUGUUCAGUCAAACAAAGUAGUUUCUCCUCUGAAGAACUGCGCAUUUACUAGCAGCUUAGUUUUUGAGUAAUCUUAGACUACAAAUUACACCUCUGAUUUCCUAGACAGGUGCUAGGGGAGGUUUUAAGGUUAAGGUUAAGAAGUCGCGCGCGUGACUUACAGCAAGGCUUCUCGCGCGCGUACCGUCUGUAACCCUUCACGCAGGCUGGCACUAUUGUAACCUCAUUUCCAAGGAAAAGGUUACCCAGGUAACAAAGUGGGUGAAAGGCCCCUGUAAGGAAUAUGAAAUCUCCUUGGCAAUUUUAUUAAGGUGUUGCCGAAGCUACGUAAUUUUCUGAUAAGAAAUAAAACUUUGUUUAAUUUAUUAUUAAUUAUUUAUUGGAAACAAUUCCAUUUUGAUAUGUUUUUGAAAUUGAAAUAAAGGUCGGGGUAAAUUUUGUGAUUCUA